AUGAAUCGUCCAUUUCGCCCUCAUCCAGGGCAACAGGGAGCUCCGCCUCGGGCAGCGCGGCUGCAUGUCGAGACCAUCGAAGAUAAGACUCUCAGAACCAGAUUCGUUUACAACAACAAAUGCGCCGUGUCCCCCGAAGACUUCCCUCCCAACCGAGAUGGCUCUGAUCAUCACAUCCUCAUCCGUGGCGGCCAACCUGUUGGCGAAUACGUCGUCACUGCCACGCCCAUUCCAGGCUUCCCGAGAGGCGGUAUCAGUCUCACCGACGCCCAGCGAACAUGGGCCGGCAUCACCAUGAGGGACGAAUUCAUCGGCGAGAUCUACAAUCCAUUCAGCGCUCGUUCCGAUGCAUACCUUGGCACUGUCGAACUUUCGAUCACUUUCAGAACCCAAAGCAAGAAGACAGACGUUCCCUACGAUGAGGAUGAGCUCUCCAAGCUCUUCAUUGACUCGUACCAGAACCAAGUGCUUGCUCCUGGGCAGCGCAUGCUUAUGGACCACCGCAACAUUCCACUUCUCGUCAUUGUCGAGUCCGUGGUUCUCACGGGGUUGGACACGUCUUCAGAAGCGGAACAGAAGAACCAGGACCCCAAUGCUAGAGGUAUCCUGAUUCCCCAGAGCAAGGUGUUCUUCCACGCCAAAACAGGAGAUGGCUUCAAACUCAAACCUUCGGUGAACAAGCCCAACGCCAGCGCCAUCUUCGCUCCCAGUUUCAAGUUUGAUGAUCUUGGAAUUGGUGGUUUGGACACUCAGAUUUCCACCAUUUUCCGCCGUGUUUUUGCGUCUCGUAUUUUCCCUCCUGGUAUAGUCGCCAAGAUGGGCAUUGAUCACGUCAAGGGACUUCUACUUUAUGGUCCCCCAGGAACGGGUAAAACCCUGAUUGCCCGACAGUUGGGCAAAACUCUAAACGCUCACGAACCUAAGAUCGUCAACGGUCCCGAAGUGCUAAACAAGUUUGUGGGUCAGUCCGAGGAGAACAUCAGAAAGUUAUUUGCAGAUGCAGAGAAGGAGUAUAAGCAAAAGGGAGACGAGAGUGGCCUUCACAUCAUCAUCUUUGACGAGCUUGAUGCUGUUUGUAAGCAGCGAGGUUCCGGAUCUGGUGGCGGCACAGGCGUUGGUGAUACUGUUGUCAACCAGCUCCUUGCCAAGCUCGAUGGUGUGGACAAACUUAACAAUAUCCUUUUGAUCGGCAUGACCAAUCGAAAGGACAUGAUCGAUGAGGCUCUGCUACGACCUGGUCGUCUAGAAGUCCAGCUAGAGAUCUCUCUGCCUGAUGAAGAGGGUCGAUUUGGUAUCAUCAAGAUUCACACCUCCAAAUUUGUCAAGAACGACAUCUUGGACCACGAUGUCGACUUGGCUGAGCUUGCUCGCCUUACCAAGAAUUACUCUGGUGCUGAAAUUGCUGGUCUGGUCAAGGCAGCGGCAGCCAGUGCAUUCUCUCGCCACACUGAUGCCAACCAGAUCACUGUUACAAAGGAUAUCGAGCACAUGAAAGUCAAGUGGAGCGAUUUCCUACUGGCUCUCAGUGAGGUCCGGCCAGCAUACGGUGCCUCCGAUACGGAUUUGGAGGCGGUUCUCCAUUCUGAGAUUAUCCAUUAUUCGCCUGACAUCCAAAACAUAUUGAACGACGUGCUUGGUGUUUCUCACAUGGUCCAGGAGCAUCCUAAACAUCACAAAUCCUCGAUCAUUUUUCACGGCGCGCAGGGUAGCGGCAAAACAGCCCUCGCUGCACACAUCGCAAAGCUUUCAGACAUCCCUUUCAUCCGGAUCAUCACGCCCCACAAGCUUCUCGAGUAUCGCGAUGACAUAGCCAAGUCGGAGUUUAUCACGAAGACCUUCAACGAUGCGCAGAAAUCGGCCGUCAGUCUUCUGAUCUUGGACAGCAUCGAAAAGCUGAUUGGAUGGAACCCCAUCGGGCCUCGAUUCUCGGCAACAAUAGCCAAUACAAUAUCUGCUUUGGUCGCCAAAGACGCUGUUCAGGGCCACCGCCUCCUUAUCUUUGCAACGACUUCUAAACUCAGUAUUCUCGAGGAGCUCGAGCUAUCCAAGGACUUCUCGCGGGAUGUUUACGUGCCUACAGUAUCGAGCCUCCGUGAAUUGAAGACAGUCCUGCAAUCAAGGGGCGGCGUUGCGGCUGGAAGCGCCGACCAAACCCUCGCUCGUAUCUAUGAGCAUGCUGGAGGGGACCAAGUUGGUGUCGGCAUUAAGCCAAUCAUGGAAUUCAUCGCGGAGGCUGAGAUGAGCGAAGACAGUGAUCUCUUUGUCAAUAAAUUCUCGAGCUCGGUGGUGAAGAGGAUACAGAGCCAACGGAUUCGGUAG